CUCGCUCAACCCAGGUUUUUGCAGAGGCCCCUGGCCAGACAUCGCAGCUCAAUAUUAAUCAAAAGAUGGCUGACAAAAAUUUAACGGCGAUUUUGCGCUCUGUGGGAGACCUUCGGCUGGAGGAAACUGACAUUCCUGAGCCCAAAAGGGGAGAGGUUCAGCUGGCGAUGCACUCUGUUGGCAUUUGCGGAUCGGACGUGAAGUUCUGGCAGAAGGGUAUCAUAGGGGUAUACGUGGUCCGUAACCCCUUAAUCCUGGGCCACGAGAGCAGCGGGACCGUGGUAGCCCUAGGGGAGGGGGUCACCAGCCUGAAAGUGGGUGAUCGCGUUGCCAUAGAGCCCGGCGUCCCCUGUAUGCAGUGUAGCGUCUGUAUGGAAGGGAGGUACAAUCUAUGUGAUGACUUGACCUUCUGUGCCACUCCUCCGGACGAUGGAACGCUGAGAAGAUUUUACUGCCACAACGCCAAAUUCUGCCACAAACUUCCAGACAACAUGAGCUUUGAAGAGGGCGCCAUGAUGGAGCCGUUUUCUGUGGGCGUUCAUGCUUGUAGGCGUGCGCAGAUAGGGCCUGGAUACACCGUACUAAUAACAGGAGCAGGUCCUAUUGGUUUAAUGGUGCUUGUGGCAGCCAAAGCAAUGGGGGCAACUGCAAUCUGCAUAACAGACAUUUCGGAAUCGCGGUUGGAAUUCGCAAAAUCUUUUGGAGCCAACUAUACCAUCCUGAUUGACCCCAAGGACGACACCGAGGCUGUAGCUGACAAGGUCAAGGUCGCGAUGGGAUGUCUACCACGUGUCACAGUGGAAUGCACUGGAGUGGAGUCAGGACUGCAACUUGGGUUUCAUGCCACAAGACCGGGCGGCAUCGUGCAGAUAGUCGGUAUAGGUCCUCCUGACGUCACCAUUCCCCUGGGUCUUGCAGUUGCCAAGGAGAUUGACAUUCACACUAAUCUUCGCUACUGCAAUGACUACCCUGUGGCCAUUGAGCUGGUGUCUUCAGGGCAAGUGCACAUUAAGCCGAUGGUCACCCACCGGUUUAACCUAGAACAGACGCUGGAAGCCUUUGAGAUGGCAAAGAGUGGUCAGGCAAUCAAGUGCAUGAUUGAAUGUGCCAGAAAUUAAACAAUAUUCUAAUAGAUUGUUGUUAUUUUUAUGCCAUACGUCACUACUUUAGUAUGAGAUUUUAAUCGAGUGCCAGUGUCUUUAGACAGUUCAACGAUUUUGACUUAUACGUGUGCAUCAUUUAAUUGUUAAUCAUAGUCGGAACAUGUGAGGAAGAAAAUGCGCUUUCUGUCUUGAAUUUGCUAUAUGGUAGUAUACAGUGUACUAGUAUCCCAGUACCCCACACCUUUAUUUGGCAUGCACUGUACAAAGGGAGAACAUCUGCACCGGGGAGUACUGUAGCAAAGAUAGCUUAUUGUAAUUGGUAUCUGAAAUACACAUUUUGAUUACAAAUUAAGCAAACUUUGCCAUGGUUUGUUUUCUGGAGGCAUGCAGCUGAGAAAAUACACAGGGUAUACGGUACGUUCAAUAUCAUAAAA